AUGGAUUCAGAUUUUAUUGAGAGGGUGCAGAAUAUAACUCUGACUAAGGAAGAGGGGGAGGUGAUUAAGGUUGGAAGUACACAUAGGGACAAAAUACUUGAAGCAUGUUCACUCAGUCUGCUGGGACGUUUACUUACAUCCCGGACAUACAAUCUAAAUGCUGCCAAAUCACUAAUUCACUCAGUGUGGAAGUUGGGGACUGAUUUGAAAAUUGUGGAAGUGGGUGAUGGCUUGUUGCAAUUCAAGUUUGCAUUAGAAAGUCAGCUGAAGUGGGUCAUCCACAAUGGCCCGUGGAGUUUCGAAAAUCACCCUCUGGUAUUAAGGAGAUGGGAGAGAGGGAUGACGGCAAGGACGGUUACCUUCAAUUCCAUCCCAAUGUGGGUUCAAGUGUGGGGUUUGCCAUUCGACUUAAUAUCGGAGGAAGCGAGUAGGGAUAUUGGCAGCGGACUAGGGAGGGUGAUAGAGAUUGACAACAAGGCCUUUUCAUCGGAACAAGCCCGUUUUGUUCGGGUGAGGGUCGAAAUACCUUUAGACAAACCUUUACGACGGAGCGGAGUGGUUGCUAAUCCUGAAGGCGAUACGGUUCGCAUAGGUUUCAAAUAUGAAAGAUUGGUUGGAUUGUGCUAUCAGUGUGGGAUAUUGGGCCAUGAAACUAAGGAAUGCUCACACCCUAGAGACAAAACCCAACGUGAGCUUCCAUAUGGGGAGUGGCUAAAGGCAGGCUUCAAAGGACCGGUGCAAAGUUCGGAGGGACGAAGCAAACGACCAACACACAGGGACAAGGGAGACGAUGGUGUUAACGGUGGUAGGGUUCCGUCUAGUCCCACAAAGACGCCGUUUUCUGACUCUGUUAUCACUCCAGCUGGCACAGAAAUUACUGCUGGAUACGUUACAAAUCAUUCACUGCAUGGGGCGAAAUUAAUGGCCAGGAGUAGUCAUGAGGCCAAUAAUGCAGGAACGGAUCAUUCAAUUUCGGGAUUUGCUGCUACCCAAAAGGAAACUGACGUCCUUAAUCAUGGAGGAGACGUUAGCAAGGAGAUUCCAGAAACGGCUGUGGAGCUGAUGGGGCAUCAAUGUGCAACGGACAAGCUAAUCAGUGUCCCGGUUGAGUACGUGGCUGUGGAAGUGGAACAGCAACCUAUCCUUGAGCAAGCACGUGAGGCAGCACGUGAGACACUAAACACACAGAUUGGGAAAACAUGGAAAAGAGUGGCACGUGACCCACACAUCUCUACACAUGCUACCUACAUGAGUUCACAUGCCGUGGGCUCAAAGAGAUCUUUUCAGGAGGCAAUAACAGAACAAGAUGAGGUUUUGGUGGAGGUUGACAACAAAAAUAAAAAACGGGGCAAGUUGGUGGAAGACAAGCAUGAUAAUGAGUAUACAACGGCGGAGGCUGAUAACCAGCCCCGCCGAGCCCAAUGA